GCGUGCGACGACCUGGUCAAGCGCGCCCACGAGGACGAGGCCGUCUUCGCGUGCCGCAGUUGCGACGACGUCUACGUCCACAGCCUGAGCUUCAUGACGAUCACCGACGUCGUCGCGAGCAGGAGCGACGAAGUAUUCAAGAAGGAUUUCAUCGAGGGGAAGAUGCAGAGAAAGAAGCAGGGUAAGAGGCCGUUCUUCCCCGAGGAGGUGGGCAAGCGCGAGGUCUUCUCCAUGAAAGUGAAGCGGAAGGCCCUCAUCAUGUCGAGGUCAGAGCUGCACAAAUAUUGCGGCUUCAAGCCCACCAAGAAGAACACGAAAUCUAUCCCCUCGAUGAUGUUGCACUCGGAGGACAGCCUAGACGUCGAGGAGGUAUGGCUCUUCAUGUGGACGAUCGAGUGGUCCUUCCUGCGCACGCUGAGCAUCAGCAUGGGCGUCGUUAGCGAGAAGAGCUGCGUGUACAUGAAGCAGGAGAACCACAUCUUCGCCUCCCAGGGCACGCGGACGUUCGACUGGAGCAUGGGCGAGCAGACUCACUCGAGUGGCCCGUCAACCUUGCUCGCGAACCUCAAGACCCACGAGGACGCCGGCCUGGCCCUCACGGAGGAGAUGGCCAACUCGAUGGGGAUGCGGCGUCUCCGCGGCGGGGGGUUGCCGUCAGGCGGGGUGCCCGCCAUGUCGCCGCCGAUGACCAUGUCAGGAGCGUGCUCGGUCCUCUCUGGCGGCAUCGAGUCCACGCCAACGGGGGGGGCGGGAGAUGGCGAGACUGACUCUCCGCACACGCCCAUGCUCUACAGCAAGGGCACCUUGUCGGCGACGACGAUCAACGUCAUGGCGGAGCGACGUGCUGCGAGGAGCGCUGUGAGCGGGGUGCCAUCCGCCCUGUCGGCCAUCGGCCGACUCCAGGCAGCGGCGGCGAACGCCUGCAGCAUCGAUGCUGACGAUUCGGCGAGCCAGGCCCCCACUGCAGGGGGCCCCGCUGUGGGCAAGGGGGACCAGUGGAUUGCGAAGCUCCCGUUGUCGAAGGUGCUCACUGCUGGGAAGUUGGGCGUCCAAGCGCACCACGCCGCUGGAGAGUUGAAAAGGCUGAGGGACAAGGAUAAGGACCAGUGGAACAGACUCACCCUGCACAUGACGAAGUACGAGCUCGCGAACAAGCUUCACGAGACCAACAUCUUCAGCGCCUCGGCUGGCGAUGUCAAGGACGCCUUCGAGCGCCUGCGCCAGUCCAUCGAUAUCCCGCCCGUCGUCAAGAAGAACAUGUGCAAGAAGGUGUUCCAGGAACGCAUGACAGUCGAGCUCCAGUCCAUGACCGACGUCACCUUCUUCUUUGAGAUGGUGUGGCCAUGGCCCACAUCCCCUCAGGAAGCGGGCCUCACCUUCACUGCGGAUUCGCCGAAGCUCCACUUCAUUGACCUCGAGAUGGCCGAGAAGAUCCGCAUGUUCAACCAGAGUUUCAUCAGCGGCGUGUACACUGCACUGAUCGAGGGAGGCCACAAGAAGAAGGAUAUGCUCGUGACGAUUUCUUCUCGGAUGGCUUCGCUGAUGGACGAUCUGCUGGCCGACACAGAGGAGUUCUGCGAGGACGCGUCGCACUUCUUGGGCGCGCUGGGCUCCAUGGUGGGCGGCGUCGCCAAGAUCUGCGACCCGACCGGCCCGUGGAAGGCGGACGACAUCGACGCCUUCUACAGCGACAUCCUCUCCCUCGACCCCAACCGCGGGGGCAUCUUCAGCGGGCUGGAGGGGGUGGCGAUCGCCAUCGGCGCGUGCGCCGAGUACAACAAGACGUGGACGACCCUGAUGAAGGACAAAGUCAUGGUCAUGGAGCUCGCCCCCCAGGUUUCAGCAUCCAUGUCCGCCCUCUUGUCGGUGGCGCGCAGCCCCCUGGACUUCGACGGGGCGGUUGCUGCGGCCACCGCGGCGUUGAGCACCAUCCCGAAAGUCGCGUGCUCCCUGGACGACGAGCUCGCGACCCCCGUCGUCAAGGAGGUGAAGGCCGCGCUGAAAGAUUUGUCGGCCAGCGUCGCCUCAGCCACGUCGACGGGGUCAUUGGCGCAGACGCAGCAGAGCACGUUCAUCCAGCUGUUGGGCAAGGCGGUCGACGCCAUGCCGUCGGACGUCGAGCUUCUGAAGAUGAAGACGGAUAUGGACGAAGCCGACGCCUCCAUGGCCCGCGAUGCCAUCAGGGCCCAGUUGACCACGCUGGUCAACGACAUAUUCGCUGACACGGUGACCGCGGUCAACCUUCGCGACGACUUGCGCCUUAUCAUGGACAAGAUGACACAGGACGACUUGGAUUCGACGAUGACUGCGAAGCUCGGCGAGUGCGCCUGCGUCCUCAUCAAGAAGAUCUUGACGGUGCCCGAGGGGAACAAGGAGAUGGCGGACGCCGCGAUGCAGGCAGCGCACCACUUGCACGACUUCCUGCCGAGCACGGCCACGAAGGGACAGCAGCGGAGCUUGGAGGCAUCGAGCGCAUGUCGGUCGCUGAGGCCGACCACGGAGUCGAUCGUCCAGAAGUUCUUCGACGAUGAGAAGAAGCUCAUCGCGGAGCAGGUGGAUCUCGGGGACCCGCAGCUUGCCCUCCUGCGCGUCCUCCUGGAGAAGCUGGACGCCUACAUCAAGGACGAGGCCGACUCGGACAUCAGCUUGCACGAGCACAUGAGGGCGCAGAUCCACCAGUACGUGGAGGACGCGAGGCGCGUGGUGAAGACGGUGGGCCAGCACGCCGUCGACGUGGCAUCGGCCGAGACCCAGACGACAGCGGCGAAGAUCGAGCCCUACAUGCACGGCCUCCCCGACGGCGCGGACUGGUUGAGCGCUGGUCCAGCCAACCUCCACGUGUGGAAAAACUUGGCGGUCCACGCCGACAGCACGAUCUUGUCCACGGAGAUGAGCAAGACCAUCGCCCCCUUGAAGAAGAAUGUGGACGCUGCCGAGAAGGCGCUGGCCCGCUGGAAGUCCGAGGGUGAGAAAUACGGAUUGCGCAUCGAGGGGGAUCAGAACUACCAGAAGGUGUCAGAGAUCAUCACCAACGCGUGGGUGACUCUUGUGACAGGCAGUUUGUUCAUGGCUUUUAAGAAAGCGACUGACAAGCAGUUGCUGAGGGCUACGAUCGUAAAGACGACGAGUGCCCUCAAGGAGCGUGGCAUUUCGCAGGACCGUUUGCAUCCAACCCUGUUGGCGCGGGUGCAGCUGGCCAUGUAA